AUGAGUAAAAUCAAUUACUGUUCAUCCGUAUGGUCUAAUACAUCAGAAGGUAAUAUUGACAAGAUUCAGUUAAUACAAAAUUAUGCUGCCAGAAUAAUAUCGGGUGUGCAGAAGAUUGAUCAUAUAUCUCCAACAAUAAGUGAACUUGGAUGGCUACCAAUUAAAGAACACUUGUUAUACAGAGAUACACUAUUAAUGUUUAAAUGUAUAAAUGGCCAAGCUCCUUCAUAUCUGUGUGAUAAAUUCAAACAAAGAGACCAAGUUCACGAUCGUAAUACAAGAAGUAAUGAAGAUUUAGAUAUCCCAAAGUUUCGGACUUGUACUGGACAAAGAACUUUUAAGUAUAGAG